GGGAGUCGUCAAAUUUCGUUUGGUAAAAUGGGCUCUACUCUAGCUCGUCUUUCUGUUGGUGAGCAGUACUCCAGAUUUCCAAGGUGGACAAGUAUAGUGUAUGCCAGCCAUAGAAGGCAGCUAGCCUGAGCGCUCUCGCUGGAGAAACUCGCAGAGCCUGCGCUUGAAAUCUGGCAUUUGCGCUCUACAUUAUCACUGACUGAUAGUGCCGGGAACUCUGGUCUACAGGUGCCCACUCACUCUGUCCAUACUACCCAGGAGAAGAGAGCAAAUACAACUGCCGGUGUUCAUAUACUGCCAGCGCUAUGCGUGCACCACUUGACGACCUGACGAAGCCUUCAUGAUUCGGCCUCGGAUAUAGAUUACGCAGUAUUCCCAGAACUCUACAGCUUCUCAGAAGGGUGCACGCAGCAGAUGUACGUAGCAGGGUUUGAAUGAGAGAGAGAGAGAGAGAGAGAGAGAGAGAGAGAGAGAGAGAGAGAGAGAGAGAGAGAGAGAGAGAGAGAGAGAGCGAGAGCAUGUCAUUGAUGCUCCUGCGCACUGCGCGGCAUUCUCGUACGUGCCUGUCCACUAUUAAACCUGACGUGCGUCCACAGUCGGCUAGGUGCUUCUACAAUGGACCUCGCGGCGAUCCGCUGCCCGUGACGGAGAAUACGGUGCUGUUGGGAAUCGAGACCAGUGCGGAUGACAGCGCCGCGGCCGUGAUUGACCGCACGGGACGCGUGCUGGGAGAGAGCCGCCUGUCGCAGUUUCGCGCCCACCGCGAGUUCGGCGGCAUAUGGCCGGAGCGUGCCGGCUGCUAUCAUCGCGAGAAUCUGCCGCCGGUGGUUGCCGAGGCGAUGCGGCAAGCCGGCAAGGAAGUCGGGGACCUGUCGGCCGUCGCCUUCACGCUGGGCCCGGGCCUGUCGCCGUGCCUGGAGGCCGGGUGUGAGUACGCGGCCGAGAUGGCCCGUAGCAGCGGCGUGCCGCUCAUUCCCGUGCAUCACAUGCACGCACACGCGCUCACCGCACGUCUGUCCGCGGACGCGCACGAUCUGGAGUUCCCGUACCUGGUCUGCCUCGUGUCCGGCGGACAUUGUACGUUUGCCGUCGUGGAGGACGUCAGCACACUAAAGGUUCUGGGCAGCAGAGUUCAGAAGCAAAACCCGGGCAGCGUUCUGGACAAGGUCGCCUACCUGCUGCGACUGCACAAGAACCCCGACCUGGAGCACCUAGUACCCGGCGCUGCUAUCGAGAUGGCAGCAAAGCAGGGCAAUCCUCAAAAGUACAAGUUCAGCUGGCCCCAGCCAAGACGCCAUUGCCAAAGCAAAUUCUCUUUUUUUCCUGACAAGGCAAAGAGUAUACUGGUCGACCUGGACAAGGAUGGGGACGAGAGCCUGCCGGUGCAAGGCUAUGCCGACGUCGCCGCCAGCUUACAGAACAGUAUGAUGCUGUACAUAUCGCACCUGGCCGAGCGGGCGAUGCUCUUCACGCUCGGGGAGUACCCCGCCGCGCGGCACAUCGUGAUCAGCGGAGGUGUUGCGUCCAACAGCCUGCUGCGAGAACUCGUCCUGAAGGCCAUCCAGCGGCAUGAGCUCCCGCUCUCGCUGGUGGCACCCGAGCCGCGUCUGUGCACGGACAACGGUGUUAUGAUUGCCUGGGCCGGUAUGGAGUACCUGAAUGCCGGCAUAGCUCCCAUGGCGGUCCCUGAGGUGGGCAACAUCUGGCACAUACCACGCUUGGCUAUCGGUGAGGAUAUCUCCGAGAAGCUGAUUGCUGCUCAGAUCAAGCUGCGCCGCACCCAGUUUCAGCAGUGAUCACGUGUUGUACCUCGUCAUACUUCUAGUGCUGACAGCUGGGCCGAUACUGUCCUGGUAUCUCGGCUGCCCCUGUGCUGUUCACAGCAAGCUGCGUCACACCAGGUUCCAGCACUGAUCGCGUGUUGUAUCUCGAGAUACCACUAGUGCUGCCAGCUGUGGCGAUACUGUUUCAGUGUCACAGCUGCCUCUGACUAGCUGGUAUGACGGCUGCCUCCGCUGGUCGGAAUUAUAGUACAGCUAGCUGUGGCAAUGCUUAGCAGGUGUCACGGCUGACUUUGCUUAUCAGGUGUCACGGCUGCCUCUGCUUAGCUGGUAUCACGGCUGCCUCUGCUUAGCUGGUAUCACGGCUGCCUCUGCUUAGCUGGUGUCACGGCUGCAUCUGCUUAGCUGGUGUCACGGCUGCAUCUGCUUAGCUGGUAUCACGGCUGCCUCUGCUUAGCUGGUGUCACGACUGCCUCUGCUUAGCUGGUGUCACGGCUGCCUCUGCUUAGCUGGUAUAACGGCUGCCUUUGCUUAGCUGGUGUCACGGCUGCCUCUGCUUAGCUGGUAUCACGGCUGCCUCUGCUUAGCUGGUAUCACGGCUGCCUCUGCUUAGCUGGUAUCACGGCUGCCUCUGCUUAGCUGGUGUCACGGCUGCCUCUGCUUAGCUGGUAUCACGGCUGCCUCUGCUUAGCUGGUAUCACGGCUGCCUCUGCUUAGCUGGUGUCACGGCUGCCUCUGCUUAGCUGGUAUCACGGCUGCCUCUGCUUAGCUGGUGUCACGGCUGCAUCUGCUUAGCUGGUAUCACGGCUGCCUCUGAUUAGCUGGUAUCACGGCUGCCUCUGCUUAGCUGGUGUCACGGCUGCCUCUGCUUAGCUGGUGUCACGGCUGCCUCUGCUUAGCUGGUAUCACGGCUGCCUCUGCUUAGCUGGUGUCACAGCUGCCUCUGCUUAGCUGGUGUCACGGCUGCCUCUGCUUAGCUGGUAUCACGGCUGCCUCUGCUUAGCUGGUGUCACGGCUGCCUCUGCUUAGCUGGUAUCACGGCUGCCUCUGCUUAGCUGGUAUCACGGCUGCCUCUGCUUAGCUGGUGUCACGGCUGUCUCUGCUUAGCUGGUAUCACGGCUGCAUCUGCUUAGCUGGUGUCACGGCUGCCUCUGAUUAGCUGGUAUCACGGCUGCCUCUGCUUAGCUGGUGUCACGGCUGCCUCUGCUUAGCUGGUGUCACGGCUGCCUCUGCUUAGCUGGUAUCACGGCUGCCUCUGCUUAGCUAGUGUCACGGCUGCCUCUGCUUAGCUGGUAUCACGGCUGCCUCUGCUUAGCUGGUGUCACGGCUGCCUCUGCUUAGCUGGUAUCACGGCUGAAUUUGCUUAUCAGGUAUCACGGCUGCCUCUGCUGGUCGGAGUGUAGUACAGCCAGCUGUGGUGAUGCUCAGCAGGUAUCACGGCUGUGGCAAUGCCUCUGCUGAUAACUUAUCAUGGCUGCCUCUACUGGUCGGAGUGGGUGUACAACUCGGCUAGUGCUGGUGUUGUUACGAAGUAGCGUGGCACUUACCUCCACCGAUCUGUGAUGUGUGAUCUGUUCCUGGCAUGCGGACAACUGGCGCUGUCAUUUGCUCUCAACUCCUAAGACUGUUCGAGCAGUUAUUGCAAGCUGCAACCUUCUUCAGUUGCGGACAAACGUCUAUUUGCAAGUUCUUGCAUUAGGUCGCAGUCUCUGAAGCUUUGCUGUAAGUUGACUUGACUGACUUCUCCAUCAUAGACGUAACCUUUUGAACACUCACUUUGCUAUUUUUGCAGAUGAUCAAUUUUCCAAUUACGUUAUAGUUGCUUAUUAUUAUCUUACUUGCCCUCUGUGCUCGAACUACGCCUUAGGCAGAACCUAUUAUUAUAUCACCAGGAACUGCUGCUGCAGUUAGGAGCUCUUAAAAGCCAUUGGCCAUCUGUUAUAUAACUACUUUGUAGAGAAGAGUGGUAAAUCAAGAUUUGCAUCAGCACUGAAUCUACCGAAAUAUAAUAAGUGUCCAAGUCGAAAUGUCAAAAUGAGGCUACAUGAGGCACAUAGCUUGCCUUUCACUUCGUUAUCUCUUUGUUAUUCUCUAAGGCCACACGUUUUUAUUUCUAUGUUUCUCGUCACCUGAAAAUCUAAAAACGUAUGCGAGAGGUGGAAA